AGGGAAUAAACCUGUCUCACUGCGCACGCACCGCACCAACAUUGUCCCGUGUCCAAUGACUGAAGCUUGCGAAUCUACUUAUGACCACUACUCGACAUUGUUUGGCACAUUGCGGUGUGGCAUUUAACGUUAGCCGUUUUGGUUGUUUUUAAUCUCCUGCGCUCUUGGAUCUUUUUGGAGAUGUCCAAGUUUAACCAAUCAAAUAUAUCAGGCGGAAACGCUCCGGACCCGGACUACAAGUGGACAUAUGAAUAUUACGACGAUGAGGAGCCUGUUUCGUUCGAGGGACUCAAAGCGCACCGAUACUCUAUUGUGAUAGGCUUCUGGGUGGGCCUGGCUGUCUUUGUCAUCUUCAUGUUCUUUGUCCUGACGCUGCUCACCAAGACAGGAGCUCCACAUCCCGAAGGAGCUGAGCCCCGUAACAAGCGUGUUCGUCUGACCAGCUGUGUGGAGGACCUCUGCCCCCCUGCAGACCCUGUCAACCGGCCCUGCCUCCAUCGCCCCCUACUGGACUCCUCUCUCAGCUGCUCCCUCUUCCACUGCUACAUCAAUGAGGAACAGGCCCAGGCCCAGGGGGGGUCCAGGCCUAGAGCUGGGGCAGGAGCUGUGGGAGCACCCAGAGGAGGGCUGGUCCCGGGGCUGGGGCGAGGCAGGUCAGGCAGCCCAGAGGAGGAGGAGGGGGUGGUGGUGAGGAUAGGAGAAGGGGUAGGUGUCAGCCUUGCCCUGCAAGGGGCUGCCAUGCUGGGGGGGAACCGGACUGACCACAGAGAGGCAAUGUUCCUGUCCCACUUCAACAUCCCUAACGUUGUGAACUCCGAGCACAGCUCCGCCCUGGGGGAGGACGAUCUGCUGCUGGGGGAGCCGCCAAUCAUCAUGGAGGGGGAGUGUCAUCGGCCCCACAGCACACAUCACAUGAUGGACUAAGGUCCCCUCUACUUCCUGGGGAGCCGCCAAUCAUCCUGGCGGGGGAGUGUCAUUCCCAUGGGGCCCAUCACACGAUUAACUGGGGGAACCACCAAUCAUCCUAGAGGGGGAGUGUCAUGGGCCACGCAGCGCCCUUCACAAGAUGGACAGUCCUGCCCAUCACACAAUAGACUAUGGUCCAGCUUAUUUCUCACACCACCUCCGUUAGGACAUUAUGGAUAAUUAUGAGGACAUCACAGGACUCACCAGCCUUAUAUAGAGAGAGUUGUGUCAACCAAAUUUAUGGAGGUUCAAAUAGGUCCUAAUCUAACAUUCUAACUGUGUUGUGCCGGUCAUGUACAGUGCAAGCUCUCCAAAUUAGGCUGUGGUUCCAGCUUCUCACAGCACCUCUGUUAGGACAUUAUGGAAUAUUAUGGAUCCUCUUACUGUAACUGUACAUCCUGCCCUUUUCAUUCUGUUCAGAUUUGGUUCAGGCUAAAAUAGUCCAAAUAUAAUCAUUUAAAUGUACAUAUGUGAGAUGAGCUACUUUUCUAAUCUUUAUGUCAACAAAGUUGCCUACGUAGAGCCAGAACUUGUGACGUCACAUUAACGCUAAACUGGAAGUCCAACUUCAAGUUGAUUAGAAUGUAUAGUGGUGGAGGCCUUGCAGGAGUCAAUUAAGGGGAUGGAGACAAGAAGAGGUAAGGACAAUUUGAUGCAAUAACCAAAAUACACCAGAAAGGCAAGACUCUUCUAUUGGGUUUUCAAUUCAACAGCAGUCUGAAUGUUGUCCUUGUUCAGUACUAAUCGUAGCACACCUGUUCAUCACUCUAAACUGUUAUAUACAGUUGAAGUCCGAAGUUUACAUACACCUUAGCCAAAUACAUUUAAACUCAGUUUUUCACAA